UUAUUUUUUCUCAAAUGUUAUUGGUAUGUUUAAUCCGUGGCAUAUUCAAAAUAAUGCUAUGUUUUAUCAACUGAUGAAUUUAUAAAAUAUAAUGAGCCCAUCAUUAUAUCAUUGAUGCGUUGUAAAUUGCGUGAAUUUAAUGUCUGUUUGAAUCGCAAAUAGAAGUAUUCUUUGUGUGCUAAAAUAUAUUUCGAAAACUUACGGGUGAUAUUGAACAAGAUAUGAAUCCGGAAAAAUCAUUGCAGUUUGAUAAAGUUGGGAUUUUGCUAUUUUCAUUUGCAGUAUACCAGAAUGGCAGCAACAUCUGAAAUUCAUUAUUCCUUUGAUAUAAUUGCACUGUGCUUUCAGUUAUUACUGUUCUGUAUAAACAUUUAAUAUUUCCACAUGAAUGCUAGAACCAAUGAAAGAAGGUAAUGGUGUCCAUCCGAUAUCAAUCAUUCCUUUUAGGUAUCAUAUUGACUUCAAUCACAUGGCUGAUAAUUUUAUAUUUACAUUCUAAAAUUACUGAAAACAAAUUUUUUAUUGAAAACUCAUCUGAUAAAAUUGCAAAAUGGAAGUUAAGGCCAAGAGUGGACAAUAUGCAUCGUAUAGCUCAAGUAGAUUCUUUGUCUUUAGAAUCAAAAGAACAAAUGUUAAAAAGGAAUUUUGUUGCUAAAAGACUUUUACCAGAAAGAGAAAAUAAUAUGAUUGAUGGGAGUGACUUUGAUUAUAAUUCUUUAUUAAAGAAAAGCUCUCCAAAUGCCAUGGAGAAAGAGAAAAAAGUAUUAAAUUCAACUGAUUUAGUGCAUUUGGGAAUGAUUAGUUCACCACAAGAUCAAAGAACUAAAGAUGAAGGCUAUAAAAAGCAUGCCUUUAACCUCCUCAUCAGUGACAGAUUGGGCUACAGAAGACUGGUACCUUACACAGCUCAUUCUUUAUGCAAAAAGCAGGUUUAUUCUCUCAAUCUUCCAAAAGCUAGUAUUAUUAUUUGUUUUUACAAUGAGGCUUGGUCUACAAUGCUUCGUAUGAUUUAUUCAAUAAUUGAUAGAACUCCAGAUCAUCUCUUGCAUGAAAUUAUUCUUGUUGAUGACUGUAGUGAUGAUGAGAUGUUCAGAGACAAGCUUAAGAUAUUUCUUCGCAGCAAUAUUGGAAGUGAGAAAGUUAAAUUGCUAAGAAUUCAGCGAAGAGCUGGAUUGAUGCGAGCACGUGUAUUUGGAGCUCAACAUGCUACUGGUGAUGUUUUAGUAUUUCUGGAUAGUCAUUGUGAAGUGAAUGAAGUCUGGCUGGAACCUCUUCUGGAACGAAUACAGCAAAAUCGCACUGCAGUAGUGUGUCCCAUUAUUGAUAUCAUUAAUGCUGAUACUUUUGAAUAUGUUUCAUCUCCUAUUGUUCGGGGUGGUUUCAACUGGGGUUUACACUUCAAAUGGGACUCUGUGCAGCCAAAUCAACUCCGAAGUAAAGAAGAUUUCAUCAAACCUAUAGAGUCACCUACAAUGGCUGGAGGUCUGUUUGCCAUAGAUAGAAAAUAUUUCCACGAGUUGGGUGAAUAUGAUCAAGGCAUGGAUAUAUGGGGUGGUGAAAAUUUAGAAAUAUCAUUCAGGGUAACU